AACUACCAUUGUAGUCAACUUUACUAUAACUUAACUUUUUUUAUAGAGUUACUUACAAAGUUACUAAUACUAGAUUAAUCCGUAAAAAGUAUUUCGUCAAUUUAUUGUUUUUAAGAGUACAUAAUAUUAUUAUGGUGAACGGUGAAUGCUAUUGAUGUAUACCGUAUCAUUGUUACGAGUUACAACUUAAGCUUACAGACUUGCUACUCGAUGUUGUGUUCUGUUCUGAUGUGACGGAUCCAAUAAACGUUCGCGUCGUUUUCUUAUGAAUAUUGUUAUUUACUAAUGUCUUACACACUAUUCGUGAUUUUUGUAUAACCAUCUAUUAUUGAGUAUAAAAUAAUCGACUUGACACGUCUCUUGUGAACGAUAUAUUGUAAUGUGUAAUUUGAACCAAUCACAUUUUAAUAUAAAUAUAUUUAGUAAAUCGCGCUUUUUCACUUAAGAUUUUCACACCUGCUAUCUAGUAGAUUGUGUGUGUGCCUAUGACUGUUUAAAUUAAUUUUUAUAAAAUGUAUCCAAAAUUCAUGGCUCAUGCACGUUUAAUACAUUAGCGUUGUUCACUAUGUUAGAAGAUAUCAAAAACGUAAUGAGUUCCAAAAGGCCAAAUAGUGAUUCAAAUGUACAGAAUGCAUUUAUUCAAGAAAUAAGAACUGGAAGAUUAUAUGAGGUGAAAAUUGACAGUGAAUUUGUCAUUGGACGUGCAUUAUGCUCCACUGUAGUAAUCGGAGAAAUAUAUGUUUCUCGCAGUCAAUCCUUUAUCAGAUAUGAAAAUGGUCAAUAUCUCCUUAGGGACAAUAAUGCAGGCUGUGGAACAUAUUUGAAUUACAGAAGAAUUACAAAAACUGAAGUUCCAUUAAAACACGGAGAUCUUAUUGCAUAUACUGAUAAACCAAGAGUCUGGGAUUUUGUAUAUAAGUUUUGUUUAGUAUCAAAUCCUAAUAAGAAAUCCAGAUUAAAUGGAGAAAAUUCUGCUACAGAGGAUUUAAAAAAAUUAAAAACCCCAUCAAUGCAUGAGCUUCUGAAUCUUGUAAAGGAAUUAAAAGAUGAUAAUGAAAAGUUCAUUAACGAUACCAAAAUUGAAAUGGAUAAAUUAAAUAAAAUGAUCAAGGAUGCAACAGAAUUGAAUGACAACAUGAAUAAAGAAAUGAUUAAACUACAAAAUAACAAUCAAGAGUUGAAUAACGAGUUGACUAUUUGUCGCGAAAAAUGCGCGAUGCAAAAAGAAUUGUUGGAUGUUAAAACUGCACUGAAAGAAGAACCUGUAGAAAUAUUUAAAAAUCAAAUCAAUAAACUUUUAGAAAAUGAUUUUCAAUGUUCAAUUUGUAAUGAAGUGAUGUAUCGGGCAAGUACAGCAAAUUGUAAUCACUCUUUCUGCGAAAGCUGUCUCAAAAAGUGGUUAACUAAAAGCAAAUUUUGUCCUGUUUGCCGGGGUGUUGUGCAGAAUAUAACUUAUUGUCUUGCUUUGGAUAAUUAUAUCACAAACAUAUGUGAUGUGCUAGGUGGAACAAUAAAGGAACAACGUGUUAUUUUAAAACGUGAAAGAAGUGGGCAUCCACCUCAAAUGGCUAAAAGAGGUAGAAGAAGAACAAAUACAUCAACCCGCUCUAGAAGAGAACCCAUAUAUGAUGGCGGUGAAAUAUCACCAGCUGUGCCUAUCAGAAAUAUCCCUAGGUAUCAAAUCUACCAACCUAAUAUUAUUGAUAUUGUAGAUCUUACAAAUAAUACAUCUCGAUAAUGUUAUUAUUUCAUAAAAUAUUUUGGGCAUACUUAAAUGAUUUUAUGUUUUUGAUCACUCAUUUGUAUUUUUAAAUCUACUAAUUUCAUAAGUCAAUGAAAUCCUAGUGCAUUAUAUUAUGAUAAGGCACUAAUGUUCAAACAUUUUUUUUUUCUAAAAUAAGUUCUAUAUUUAAUGUAGACCUAAGAAUUCAUUAGAAACCCUAUAUUCUUUUGUAUU